GCUUCGGUUGUCAUGUUGAUCUGAGAAUUGGAGCUAACGUGAUUUCCUUUGGAUAGUCCUGUCUAUGCUGUAUGUCGAAUACGCCCCAUUAAGUUCUUGGUAGCUCAUUUGACAUCUUGCAGAGCUUCUUCGGUGCGAUGGGCUGUUCUGUCAGUCUAGUAUUCUCAACCUUCGGUGCCGCAUAUGGAAUCGCAAAAUCUGGAAUCGGGGUCGCAGCAGUGAGUGUGCAACGUCCAGAUGACAUUAUAAAAAGUAAUCCUACACCACCCCCUCCUUUCAAAGAUUCUCCUCAUCACAAUCGCUUAACAAAAGACUUCCAGACAUGAUGCCCCCCAUCCUCGCCGGAAUCCUCUCCAUCUACGGCCUCGUAGUCUCCGUCAUCAUCUCCUCCUCCCUCGCCGAGAAAUCCGCUCUCCACACAAACUUCCUGCAGUUGGCAGCGGGUUGCUCGGUCGGAUUAAGUUGUUUGGCUGCGGGCUUUACGAUUGGGAUUAUUGGGGAUGCGGGGGUUCGUGGGACGGCUAUGCAGCCUAGACUUUAUGUUGGGAUGAUGUUGAUGCUUAUUUUUGCUGAGGUUUUGGGUGAGUGGUUUUUCUUCUUUUGGGCAUUCAAAGAGAUGGAGAAGUAGAGGAGGCGAGAUGGUGUAUAAUGGAGGCUUGGGAAGAUGGUACUAAUGGGAUUCAGGACUAUAUGGCUUGAUUGUUGCGAUUAUAAUGUUGACUCAGUCGACGGUUAAUGUUACGAAGUGUUUGUGAGGGAGUUGUAGGUGGAGAAUGGGAAGAGAGGAUUUAACAUGACCUUCAAAUGCAUUGACUAUGUUGGGUCCUAUUCUUGAACUUGAAGCUU